GUGUGUGUGUGUGUUGAACACUUGAUGCAGCAGCUGGAGUAGAGGAGGACCCCUAGCAGCUACCACCAUGGUGGAGAGGGAUGAAAAUGGCCGCCUGAAGCUGCCCAGCGACAGAUACAUCCCCUUCCAGCGAGUGCUCACCAGGUCUACCCGCAGCUCGCGGCGCCCUUCCCCCGUCGGCCACAACAGCCAGUGGGGCGAAGGCGGCAGCAGCAGGAUCUCUCGCAACCACUCCCGCAACCACUCUCACAACGCCUCCGACGACGAGCACCACUACCACCACCGCUUCGCCAACCCCGACGAUGUUGCCAGCACUCUGGGCAACCUCCACCUCGACCGACGGAAGAAAGAGAGGCGGAGCCACAGCCUCAGCAACGACAGUAACAGCAGCCACACCCCGAAGAUGCCGUUCAUUCCCUUCCAGCGAGUCCUCAACAGGCGCCGCACUCCACUUCCUCCCGCCUUCACUGACUUCAGGCAUGAUCAACCAAAGUCUAACGAGCAUCGAGACAAACACAGCAGGCACCACAAAGCAGAAACCUACCAUCACAAGCCCUUUGCCUCAGAAUACUCCUCCAAGCACAAGACUAAGCACGGAAAAGUCAAGCGGAAGCCAGGAAGGCACAAAAAUAAGCCUCAAAUCAACAAUAUGAUACAUGACAACACAGAAAUGAGACAGCAUGAAAAACACCACAACGAUGAUGAUUAUGAUGAUGACAGGGAAGAUGCCAACUACGACCAUGAGAGUGACAGAAAGCAUCACCACAAGCCGGAAUAUAGGGACGAUGUGGAUGAAGCGUUUGAAGAAAAUAACUCGGCACACAGCUUGAGGUCCCACCGUGGAUCAAAGCAUUCUGCAGAUUCAAAUGAUUAUGAUGAUAGAGAAUUGGACCACGAAGAGAGAACUCACUCCAAUUCAUCUGUGAAAUUUCCUCAGAUCCGAGGAUCACCCCUUUCCUCUGACAGUGCACGAUCUGUUCAUGGCUAUGGCGCUGCCCCUCCUAAAAUGCCCAGUUUGUCAUCACCUAGUGGGUCCCCAAGUACCCCUUCCCAAAGACCAGAAUCACAGACGACACUGGAUCCCCUUGAAUCGUCAAAAUGGGUAGAAGGAAAAGGAGCAGGUCGAAUGCACAACUUUUUCCAAACACUUCAGCCUCAAAAAGAUAUGGACAAUAAAGAUGCAAGAAGCCCAAGAGAUACAUCCUCACCUGUAGUGCAGUGUCGUGACACAGCACGAUGGGUUGAAGGUAAAGGAGCAGGUCGAAUGCAACAUUUUUUCCAAACACUCAAGCCUCAAAAAGAUGUGGACGACAAAGACACAACAAACCCAAGCGAUACAUCUCCAUCUUUGUUGCAGUGUCGUGACACUGCACAAUGGGUCAAUGACAAAGGGGCAGGUCGUCUUCGUGAAGGUUUUCAGCUACCCAAGGUUGACCAAACUGAGAAUAGUCACUCAUCAUCUGGCCCCUCUUCUCCUGUGACUCCAACUGAUGGAGGCUCUGAGUCAAGCAAUAUGUAUAGUAAGGAUAAUUCUUACAAAGACAGAAAGACCACUAAACAAAUUAGUACAAAAAAAAAGAACUUGACUCGUUCUAUGAGUGAUUCAGCACUCUAUCUUCCCCGUGCCCAUGUAACGAACAGCAACCAACAAGUGAAAAUCGUGUUAAAAGCAAACCAGAUCGUAUUAUUUAAUGAGAAAGCAAUACGUCAUAAGAUAGACAGGGGGAUGAGACCACAUACAUCAUUACCAAGAAUUAUCUUAACUUUACCGGAGGAAAUAGGUGGCAGCCAACCCAAACUAAGGAAGACGAGACACAGUGUCAUAGUGAAGACCAGAGAGAAUGCCAUGUCUGGUAUGACUAGAGUGCCAAGUCUCCCUAAUAUUUAUGCCAAGGUAAAUGUACAAAUGAAGAAUAGCAAGCCAGUUCUGCCACCUUCAAGUGCCGUAAGUCAGCAGGCACCAGAAAGCCAGUCAUUAAACCAGGUUGAUUGUGUAUCCCAAAAUUCCAUCCCUGUUUCCUCAACCACAAAUGAUAAACUAAACACAGAAAGACAGGAAUCCAAUCACUCUAAGCCUCGAUUUAAAAUAGCAACAGCAAGGCACAAACGACAAUCAAAGAAGAGGUCACUCUUAAGACGAAAAUCAGAAACUACACUACUUGGAAGGAAGCACAUAGCUCCAUACUGGCGAAGACAUUCAAUGCCCACCAUUAACACACACGCCCGACGUUUUAGCAAGAGCUCAAGAGCAUCAUCUAGAAAACGUUAUGAGAGUUACCAAGCACAAGAGGUGGGAGAGUCAGAGGACAGCCCAUGGGGGAGUCGGGAUUUCAAGUUAGAUAACAUCAAGUCUCACAUAAUUGCAAUCCAACAAGAACGAGGACAUCGACAACAGCGUUUUGCCCACUUUCUGAAGUCUUCAGUCUCCAAGCAAGAGGAACGCACACCAGCAGCAGAAACAGAUGAAGCAGCACACGGAGAAGCACACCAUUCCUAUGAGGCGCAUCACUCCUCCACAGAACACCCUUCAAUUUAUACCCAACCACUAUCUCAGUCAUCAACACAAAGCCCUGUAACUCAACCCACCACCAUUCAUGAAACUGCCACCAUUACUCAAAUCUUACCCCACCUUUCUGAUUCCCAUUUACAUCCCUCUACACAAUCACCUCACCUCACUCAAGAAACAGUCGCCCAAGACACCCACGACUCAAGCCAUGACAUCACCACUGAACAGUAUAUUGAGGAUUACCUCAGGUCACCAAGCCACGUGUCUCAGGCGCCAUCACUUGCUGCCUGCUGAGCAGCUCUCUCAUUUCCCUCUUACUUAAUCCCUUCCCCACUUCCACGUCUCUUCCAUCUUCUCCCCCCCUCCCUCUAUCAUGUUCCCUUCUCUUUCUCUCUCACUUCCCCUUCUCUUUGUCAUUCUUGUUUCCCAUUCUCUUUAUUACUCUUUCACUUCCUCUAUUCUUCCUCCCCCAUCUCUCACUUCCCCUAUUCUUCCCCCCACUCUCUCACUUCCCCUACUCUCUCUCUCUAGUUCACAUCUUCCUCCCCCAUCAAACUCAACAUUGUACUAUGCCAUUUUCUCUGUACAACUUACUCUGCUAAAUAAAUUACCCAGUAAUUUACCUCAGUUCAUUUCUUAACACCAAUUAUUUUCACUACCUUUCUUUCAAUAUCUUUCCCGCCCAAUUGCUGCAGAAUGUCUGCCUUUCUCCUGACCGUGGUGGUGGUGGGAGUGAGUGUGAGCGUGUCUUGGGACUUGGGACACUCAUGGCACAUGGAUGGUCUCAUGAUUUGGUCCAGACAGCAAACAGAUUGGAAGAAGGGAAAAGAGAAUGACCAGGACUUAUGAGUAAUGCGAGUAAUAAGACGCUGAUUUGGUAGAAGGGUCAAGUCUUGUGUGAAUGAUAAGACGUGCAUUGAACACAUCUUGAUCCUAGGACUUUGAAUGAUAAUUUCACAGGCUUUCAAGAAGAGCAACAUAUUUAAUGUUUAACAAUUCACUGUAAUAACUUGCAUUUAUAAUAUGUACACAAUUAUAUUAUUAACUCAAAUA